UAAAUAUGAUUCACAAUAUUGAAUAACUUGAGUCGCGAUUAUCCGGUUUAAUAUAAAAAUAUUUCACAGUUGGCAAAACAAGAAUAUUAAAUGGGUGUUAUUGCGAAAGACACACCUUAUAAAACUUAUCAUGCAUAUUUACCUGUUAGUAAUAGUUGAAAAAAACGAUAAUAAUUUGACAUUGUAUUUACGUGGUUUUAUCUAUGUGCAUUCGGGUGAAAAAUAAUAGAAUUUAACAGUAAUAUGGAUGAGAAAUCGGUUGCUUGGAAUACGUACCUAAAUAUAAUUAUUGCAAACAUUCUUAUAUCAUCUGGUGACGUUUCCGUGACGUGGACUUCUUCUGCGUAUCCGAAAUUAUACUCGAAUGACACUUCAGUAAAUCCUCUACAACGACCGAUUAGCCCCUCCCAAGAUGACGUACUCGGAUCCAUAUUGAUUGUGGGCGCGAUUUUAGGACCUUGGCCGUUUGGAAUAAUAGCAGAUAGAUUCGGAAAAAAGAAAAUAUUAUUACUUCUAGCUUUACCACAUAUUAUAUCUUUUUUAAUUUUAGGUUUAGCUAAGAAUAUUUAUUUGUUUUAUUUCGCUAGGUUCGUAGCUGGGUUCGGACUUGGUGCCGGGUAUUAUUUGGUACCUUUGUACGUCGCUGAGAUCGCUAAGAGUUCCCAUAGAGGUGGUAUGGUGGGCGUGACUAACGUAUUCUGGUGUUUGGGUGAUUUUUUGUCUUUAGUUAUAGGAACUUACACGAAUUUUUCGAAUUACAAUUUUUGUUUGAUGUGUUUUCCGAUGGUGUUUGUCGUACUUUUCAUUUGGUUGGGUAUCGAAAGUCCUUAUUAUUUGAUGAGUAGGAAAAAAGAAGAAACCGCCAGAAAAUCUUUGAUGCUUUUACGAUCUAAUAACCACGAGGAAGUUACUAAAGAAUUAAAAUCCAUCGAAUAUUUUCUGCGAUUACAUCAAGACGGGAAGUUUUUCGAUAUGAUUAAAGAUGAAAUUUUGAGGAAAAACAUUUUGAUUUCGAUGUUUUUACUCUUAUGUUUGACUUGUAGUGGUUUUUGGGGUUUAACUUUUCAUUUAGAACUUAUUUUCGAGAGUUGCAGUUUUAGUUUAUCUCCAGAUACGUCUGCUGUUAUUGUUGGUGGUGUUUUAUUGAUUUCUAGUUUAUUCACGCCCGUUUUGUUGGAUAAAUUCGGUAGAAAACCUCUUCUUAUAACGUCGUUUUGCGGUAUGCACGUGUCCUUGAUCAUCUUGGGGAUAUAUUUUUCUAUUUCUCGAAUAGAAGUUUUAGCGUCGACGCCGCUUUUUUGUCUGGCCCUGUAUCUUGCCAGUUUCAACGUGGGGGCUUGUAUAAUACCUUGGAUACUAAUCUCUGAACUGUUUCCUAAUAAAUUCAAAAACGCGGCCGCUUCGUAUUGCACGACGUUGUUUUGGUUAGUGAAUUGUUUAGUUACAUUUAAUUUUAAUAAACUUCAUGGUACUAUAGGUAUGAAUGGGAUUUUCUAUUUCCAUGGCGUUUGGUGUUUGAUCGGAGCGGUUUUCGGUUAUUUUUUUGUUCCGGAAACUAAAGGUAAAGAUUUCAGUGACAUACAACAAAUGUUUAACGAAGGGAUUGAGGAAAAUCGUACGUUUGAAAUAUAACCUCAAAACGACGAUGUUUUUCAUGGUUAUAAUGUUUUGUUUGUAAACUGAAUGUUUAUAUAAUUAAUUAAUAAAGUGUGAUUAUUUUGAAAA